AUGUCCCAGGCCAGCAGCAGCCCCCAGGCAGAGGACACGGGGCCACGUGUCGGGGCACACUCGCGCACCCUGAGCCGGGGCAGCCACAGGGUUGAGUGCAUCAUCUGCUACUCCUCCUAUGACCUGUGCAGCCGGCUGCCACGCCAGCUCUACUGCGGCCAUACCUUUUGCCAAGCCUGCCUGAAACGCCUCGACGCCGUCACCAAUGAGCAGCGCUGGAUUCCCUGCCCGCAGUGCCGCCAAAAUACACCCACACCACGCGGUGGCGUCGCCAUGCUCGACCUCGACCUGGCCACCUUCCUUGCCGUCAAGGCUGACAAGGAGCAUCCCCGGGUGGCCGGUAGGUCCCAGCCUGACUCGGCCACCAAGGGCUUGUGCAAAGAGAAGGUGGUCACCCAGCAGCCGUCGCGGCUGUGCCAAGAUGCUGUGCCCCCGGUGCCGUUCCCCCGACGCAGCUGCUGCCGUCCGUGCCUGUGCUGUGGGGUGACAGCGGCCUUUGAAAGCUGA